AUGGCUUUAGAAGGACGCAAUAAACUUGGUUUCAUUGACGGGACACUUGCUCAACCGCCGGAUUCAGAUCCAGAAUCCAAGCUAUGGAAGAAGAACAACUUUAUGGUAUGUUCCUGGAUCAUGAAUUCCGUUUCUGAACAAAUUGCUGAAAGUCUACUUUACUUCAAGAAAGCGAAUGAUAUGUGGAAGAAUCUGCUAAAUCGUUUUCAACAAGCUGAUGUUUCUCGUCGAUAUCGCAUCGAACAAAAGUUGAAUUCUCUUCGUCAAGGUCAUGAUGACGUUUCUACAUACUACACAAAAUUGGUAACUAUCUGGGAAGAAUUAAAAUCGGUUCAGACUUCUCCAAUAUGUUCAUGUGGAACAUGUUCUUGCGGAGUUGAUAAAAAGUGGAGAGAUUUGUUUGAAGAAGAUUUUGUGUUUCAGUUUCUCUGUGGACUGAAUGACGUCUUUGAACCUGUUCGUGAUCAUAUCAUCCUUAUGGAUCCUUUACCAAAUCUUGCGAAAGCUUCUGGUAUUGUUGUAAAACAUGAACAGCAAAAGAUGAUCAAGAAUCCAAUUCUUACUGAUACAUCAGUAUUUCAAACCCCUGUUCAACCUCAACAUACCGAGAAUGUUGCAGCAGUUGCGGGAGGUUUUUACAAGCCUCGUCAGCGUCCCUUAUGUACUCACUGUGGCCUUUAUGGUCACACAGUACACAAAUGCUACAAGUUGCAUGGAUAUCCACCAGGAUACAUUCCUCGGAAUCCUCAGUCUCAAAAUUCAGUGCCUGUUCAGAAGACAUUUACGCCACAAGGAAAGAACAACUUUCAGAACAAAGGAACCAUUGCAAAUGUGAUUACUGAACCAGUUAUGGAUCAGAAUCAGGUCUCUGAUGUUGGAGCAUUGUCAACUCAACAACUUCAUCAGCUUUUCUACAAGCUUGGGGCUGCUCUAAACAUCUCUAGCCCAAGUAUCACAGAAAAUGGUGCUCCAGAAAACGUCACUUCCUCUGGUAAUCAUCUGAUUCUAUCCUCUGUUUCAGCUGAUAUACAUAUGAAAGAUACCAAUGAUACUUGGAUAAUAGACUCAGGAGCCACAACUCAUGUUUGUGCCCAUAGCUCUCUGAUGCAUGAUAUACGAACUAUUUCUCCUGUUUCUAUUAGUCUACCUAAUGGAUCUCGACUAACAGUCACUCAAGCAGGGAAAGCAAUGAUCAAUCAACACAUAGUCUUACAAAAUGUCUUACUUGUUCCAUCUUUUUCUUUUAACAUCCUCAAUGUUUCUGCCCUUUUAUCUCAUAACAAUUUUAAUCUUUCUUUUACCCCCACGUCUUGUAUCCUCCAGGCAUCUAUUCCGGGCUUGAAGAUUGGGAAGGCUGACCUGCAUUGUGGUCUGUACCUUCUCAAUUCAGACUCUUUCACACCCACACCUCAAACUCAGAUGUGCAAUGCUCUCCGUGUUGACUUCACAGUCUGGCAUAGGAGGCUUGGACAUCCAUCCAUCCAGAAAAUAAAGAACCUCUCUUCUAUUCUCAACCUUAGCAAAAUAACUGAACCAACGCACUGCAAUACAUGCCAUUUGGCAAAGCAGAGGCAUCUUCCUUUUGUCUCUAACAAUCAUGUAGCCUCUUCCAUAUUCGAUCUUUUACAUAUAAACAUUUGGGGUCCUUUUUCAGUUGUUUCUAUUGAUGGAUACAAAUACUUUGUGACAAUUGUUGAUGAUCAUUCUAGAACUACUUGGGUGUACAUGUUAAGACAGAAAAGUGAAGUAAAGGCUAUAAUUCCUCAGUUUAUCUCGCUUGUUGAAAGGCAAUUUACAGUAAAGGUGAAGGCCAUUCGAUCUGAUAAUGCACCAGAGUUUACAUAA